AUGGCCACAGAUCCAUCAAAAUACAAGUUCAAUCGUACGCUCGACCUCAAUGCUGCUGCUGCUAUUACUACUACCUGUAACUAUCGGCCGGAGCAACUGAUUGGGAACCGCAUCAGAUACCAUGAUUCGCGUAAAGGAUCCAAAAAGAUCAGACUAGAUUUCCCAGAGAACAAGUUCUCCCUCUACUUCCUUGCAUAUGACGGCCCACAGGCCCUAUCUGGCUCCCGCCACUGGACGGAUAGGAAUGGCAUUAUCGAACUUACUCACAAUUAUGGAACCGAAAACGACCCUUCGUACACUGUCUCGACCGGCAAUGUCGAGCCUCACCGCGGAUUUGGUCAUCUCGCUAUCUCAGUGGAUAACGUCGAACUCGCCUGCAAGCGCCUGGAAGAUGCCAACUACAGCUUCCAGAAGAAGUUCGCCGAAGGGAGGAUGCGAAAUAUUGCCUUCGUCAAAGACCCAGACGGAUACUGGGUGGAGAUUAUCCGGAAACAUCAAACAGAUGCGGCCGUUGCACAGACAAAUCCAUCCACCUACCGGAUGAACCACACCAUGGUUAGGGUCAAGGACCCGGAAGCAAGUUUGAAAUUCUACCAGGAAGUUUUUGGAAUGACCCUUCUUCGCACGCUCGAGCUUGCUGGUGCGGAUUGCAAUCUGUACUUCCUGGCGUAUCCUUCAUCCAAUCCAUCGCUUAAAGAGGGUGAUGCCAACCCAGUCGCAGAAUGGGAAGGGUUGCUGGAAUUGACCUGGAAUCACGGCACAGAGAAGCAAGAAGGAAAAGUGUAUCAUGAUGGCAAUUCGGAGCCUCAGGGAUUUGGACAUAUCUGCGUAUCAGUUGACGAUCUCGAUGCUGCCUGUGCUCGGUUCGAGGCACAAAACGUAACCUGGAAGAAACGUCUGACUGACGGGCGGAUGAAAAAUGUUGCCUUUAUCCUAGACCCAGACGACGAAUUGAACCCUGAGCCCCUCCAGUCGAAUUCCGUGGGAGUCCGUAGGAGCCUGUGGGUGCCUGUGGGAGCCUCUGGCGAACAGAGCUGCCGCUUUGCCUCCUGCGUCGUCGUCCACGACAACUUGCUGGUUUUAUUUGGCGACUCGCUGUCCAGCGCUGAGGAGCAUGAUGGAGUACCGGUAUCAUCGUCCUCGCAUGUGAUGACUUCGGCGAAUGGUAGUAGUACGAAGCCGAAUUCGAGUGAUAGCAGUGGUGCUGCUGGGGUUCUUUGGUCAAGGAAGCCGCGGUCUCUUAAUCCGGUUGGUGGGCAUCGGCGUUUGGGUAGUUGA